GCCUAGCCCUUUCGUUCGCACUCGAUACAUUUCGCGUCAGCCCUCGGGUGGUCAGUCCAUAUAGCUAAGCCGCCUACCUCCCGCGAGCUCUGCGAUAUAUAUGCAAACCCAGCUUGCCGAUACAGCGCACGCAACCGCCGGGGGUCGUCUCAGCCAGUCCCAGCUAGCUCCACACCGUGCAGCUCGGCCGGCAAAAACUAGCUAAGCUAGCAAGUAGCCACCGUUUCGUUCCAGGCUCCAGCCUAGGGGCGCGCGACGACGACAUGGGGUUGGGAGCUGUUGCUGCGACCCGGGAGGAUGAGGAGGCGAAGAUGGAGGCCGGCGGCGACACCGCUGGCCAGAAGCUCGACGCCGGCGCGCUCUUCGUGCUCCAGUCCAAAGGUUCGUGGCUGCACUGCGGGUACCACUUGACGACGUCGAUCGUGGCCCCGGCGCUGCUGAGCCUGCCGUUCGCGUUCGCGUCGCUGGGGUGGGCGGCGGGGACGAUCUGCCUCGUCAUCGCCGCGGCCGUCACCUUCUACUCCUACAACCUCAUCUCGCUCGUCCUGGAGCACCACGCGCGGCAGGGCCGCCGGCAGCUCCGCUUCAGGGACAUGGCCACGGACAUACUAGGUCCUGGAUGGGGCAAAUACUAUAUUGGGCCGAUCCAGUUCCUGGUGUGUUUCGGAGCAGUCGUCGGGUGCACUCUCCUGGCCGGACAGAGCAUGAAGGCAAUCUACCUGCUAGCCAACCCCGGCGGCACGAUCAAGCUGUACGUGUUCGUGGCCAUCUUCGGCGUCUUCAUGAUGAUCCUGGCGCAGCUGCCGUCCUUCCACUCGCUCCGCCACGUCAACCUCGUCUCCCUGCUGCUCUGCCUCGCCUACAGCUUCUGCGCCGUCGCCGGCUCCAUAUACCUAGGAAACUCCGAUAAGGCGCCCCCAAAGGACUACUCCAUCUCAGGUGACGCCCAGAACCGUGUGUUCGGCGUCUUCAACGCCAUCGCUAUCAUCGCCACCACGUAUGGCAACGGCAUCAUCCCAGAGAUACAGGCAACAGUGGCGGCGCCGGUGACGGGGAAGAUGUUCCGGGGGCUGUGCCUGUGCUACGCGGUGGUGGUCACGACCUUCUUCAGCGUGGCCAUCUCGGGGUACUGGGCGGUCGGCAACCAGGCGCAGGGCAUCCUGCUGAGCAACUUCAUGGUGGACGGCGCGGCCGUGAUCCCCAAGGGCCUCCUCCUCGUCACCCAGCUCUUCACGCUGCUGCAGCUCUCGGCGGUGGGCGUGGUGUACCUGCAGCCCACCAACGAGGUCCUGGAGGGCCUCUUCUCGGACGCCAAGCAGGGUCAGUACGCGGCGCGGAACGUGGUGCCGCGCCUCGUGUCGCGCACGGUGGCCGUCGCGCUGGCCACCACCGUCGCGGCCAUGCUGCCCUUCUUCGGGGACAUGAACUCGCUCAUCGGCGCCUUCGGUUUCCUGCCGCUCGACUUCGCCGUGCCAGCUCUCUUCUACAACGUCACCUUCAAGCCGUCCAAGAAGGGAUUCGUGUUCUGGCUCAACAAGACUAUCGCCGUCGUCUUCUCGGGGCUCGCCGUCAUCGCGUCCGUCGCGGCGGUGCGGCAGAUUGCCUUGGACGCCAAAACUUACAAGCUUUUCGCCAACGUGUGAGGAGAGCCCAAACUCAAGCAACUACAAACGCCCUAGAUGUUUUUGUGGUGAGCGUUUUGUGGUGGUGUACGAUCUACGAUGGUACGAACACGCGAAAAAAAGUGUUUUCCUGCUUGGCUAAGUAAGCUAAGAACUAGUAUAAUACCCCGACGGCAUACGAAUCAUAUUUCUAAAAAAAUCUAUAUAUUAAAGCUGGGCGCUAAGGGUAUGUUUGUUUCCGCUUAUAGAUUAUAUAAUCUGGAUUAUAAUCUAAAUUAUAUAAUAUAGAUUAUAAUCUAGAUAUAUUAUAAUCUAUAUGUAGUUGUUUGGUAGUUUAGAUUAUAUAAAUGUAGAUUAUUUAUAAAGACAACAAUAUCCUUGUUUAUUUA